GGAGCCGCUGGUCUGGUCCACCGUGCAAGACAAGCCGAGAUAACAGCAGCUGCACGGGGAGGAAGAAAGAACCAGCACUCCGAAAAAACAGGGGCUAAGCGAGGUCUGAAGGAGGCCAGUCAGAGGUCAUUUCCACUAAAGCCCUCACAGGAGCUCCAGAAAGACCACUCCAUGGAAAUCAGUGACCACAGAGAUGUGCAGGACAUGUCAGCAGUCAUGAUGGAUGGGGGAAACGAGGAGGAGGAGGAAGAAGAAGAGGCGGAAGAUGCUCAUGAUUUGACUCCAACUAAAGCACAGCAGCCCAACCCAUCUGUCAGUGGAUUCAAAACAAGCCAGUCACAGUCUUCCCCGCCUCUGCGGCAAGAACCCGAGAUCAACCCCGAUCUUGACAUUGAUCCAGAUCCCGACGGCGACCUCGAAGGGGACCCUUACGGGGACUCUUUCCCGUGUCAGCACUGUGAACGCUAUUUCUCCACAAGGCAAGGUCUGGAGCGCCACAUACACAUCCAUGCCGUCAACAACCAGCAAGCACAAAUUUUCAAGUGCCAAUACUGUAGUAAGGCGUUUGGCUCACAGGUGGGCCGACGGCGCCAUGAAAGAAGGCAUGAGGGCGGUCUCAAGACAAAACCCGGCUGUUUAGCCGGUACAGCGAAUUUGCUCAGCCCUUUGGUGCAGACAGAUGUUUCGAGCUCCGACUGCACCAGCCCGACAAGUCACUACGUAGCCUCGCAGCUCACUGGAGGAGCGCUGCUCAGCUCUGACAUGUCAAAGAGGGAACCAGGCCCUCAAGUUGACCGUCCCUUCAUUCUAGAGGAAAAUGGUGAAUCCAAAGAGCUCCACCCGUGCAAGUACUGUAACAAAGCGUUCGGCACGCACACAAACAUGCGCCGCCACCAACGUAGGAUACAUGAACGACACUUGUUACCGAAGGGUGUUCGUCGAAAAGGUAUGUUGCUGCAGGAGGCUUCAACCCAGCCGCAACCAGAAGACUCUUCGAAUACCAGCCCAGCGCUCGUAUACUUGCCCAGCGCCGACACCGAAGACGAAACAGACCGUGACGAUUACGCCGUAGACAUAUCUAAAAACAUCUCUGAAAAUUUGAGUUUCUACAUCGACGGCAAGAUUGUUUCAACCAGCGCAGUGAGCAGCUGUGAAGUCAUUGAAGUGGACACCAGAUCUGCCGCCCUGUUUGGUCUGGACACAGUCAUCAUCAGCCCCAGUCAGCUCAGUCAGGCCCUGAAGGUGGAUGCUCGAGCCAACACCGCCAAGCAGGUGUCCAACUUCUGCUCACUAUCAUCUAAAAGAAGAACAUCCACGCCUCCUCUUGUUCCCGGCCUCAAAGUAGAUACAGAAACGCCAUCUCUCACAGCCUCUUCAUCAUCAGUUACAUCGUCCUCUCCCAACUUGCUCGUGGGCGGGCUUCUGCAGCAAGCAGCGGAUUCGUCCGGUUUUCAACGGGAGAAAACAGUUUAUCUGUCACCUAAGCUCAAGCAGCUCCUUCAAACGCAAGACGUUCAGAAGUCCACCAUCACGUUAAUAACCGAAAGCCACAGGCUGGCUUCGUCGCUGUCUGUCACGCCGCUCCAAGGUCCCUCUGGUCGGUUUAAACGGAGAACGUCCUCACCACCGUCAUCCCCGCAGCUUAGUCCAGCGUUUAAAGCAGAGAACUGCAAGGCUGCGGCGCCAAGCUCGUACAUCCUCAAGAUGCCAAAGCUUGAAAGCGUUAGUGUCUGCCCUCAUGGUAACCACCUGGACAAGGAUGACGAUGGAGAUCUAAGCCCCUCUGGAAGUAACCCUCUAGGCCAAAGCUCUUCCAGCAGCGGAGGCAAUGCUUGCAAUCAACAACCUUUAGACCUGUCCAACACUGUCAGUCGAAAAAGUGGCACCUCUCUCAAGGCUCAAAGUGAUGCAGCGCUUGAUUUGAGCAUCCAUCGAAAGCAAAGCACUGCAGAGGGAAGUGUUGCACCACAGCAGCUUGUCAAAAAGAGAAAGCCAAACACUAGCAUGCUUGAGAAGGUGUUGAUGAACGAGUAUGUUGGUUUGCCCCUGCCGGCGGAGGAGGCACCCUCGCUGAACACUAACCUUAGUCCUCAACCUCAUUCUCCAAAUGUUGCACCCGAGUCGGCCCACCCAUCUCCUCCAUCCCUAACACCAGUUACAAUGAACCCCUCAUCUCCCGGCACAUCCAGCGUAACCUCAACGACACCGCCUCCCCCUGUAUUACCCACCAUCCCCUCGCCAGUUGCUAUUUCUAACUCUCCCCUCUAUCAGCCUUCAGACUCGUCGAUGCAGCGGCCUCUUCCUGUUCUGUCACCCAAAAUGUCACCAAGGACGCCUGAGCUGCCGUCAGAAGCAGAGGAGAGUUUAUUCCCAGGUGAAAAUAAAGAUGAGGACAACGCUCUCUCUGUGACACUGGACUCCCCAAACACUUUGCGCAAAAAUGCACUUGAUGCCCGUGCUCCUCAUGAGCCUUCAUCAGUUGGUCUGUCCGCUACAGAAGACAUUUCUCUACUGAUUGGUGAAACCAACCCAGACCUCAACUCAGGAACUCAAAAGUCUUUGAGCUCUGACUUUGCUGCUCUCUCACCUCAGCCAGAGUCCUCAUCUUCCCCACCUCCUGUGCUACCUGAUCCAGCCCCUCCGCUGCCGCCACUAAGCCUUCCUUAUGCUAAGAUAAAACAGGAGCCUCAACAUUGCACUGAUGAUGUGUCUGUCAUGAAUCACGUGCCUCGGGAUGAUGUUGACCCUCCCUCGCUCGAUAAGACCUUUGAUAAACUCACCAAGGCUGAACAAGUCGACUCUACUUACAGCAAGACUUUUAUUUGUAAUGUCUGCGAGGAUCCCUUCAGUUCCAUGAAGGAGCUCAGUGGGCACAUCCGCCAGCAUGCUUCUGAUUGGCCCUUCAAGUGUGAGUUCUGCUUGCAGCUGUUCAGCGACGCCAACGCCCUACUUGCUCACCGGACAACGCUACACGGGGUGGGCACUAUCUUUGUAUGCUCGGCCUGUUCCAAGGAGUUUGCCUUUCUCUGCAAUCUGCAGCAGCACCAAAAAGAUCUGCAUCCAAAAGAAUCAUGCACACAUACCUCUAUAGAGAGUGGCAAACUCAGACCACAGAACUAUACCGACCCAUCCAGAGCCAAAGAAGAUAUCCGCAUCUCUACACCAGCACAAGAGACUUCAGAAGAACCUGCAGAAAAAAACAACUUGGUAAAAGAUGAGCCUGAUGUAAUUGCAAACCAUGCAGAUGAUAGACCAGAAGAUCCCAAUGAGGAGUUGUACACUACAAUAAAGAUCAUGGCCUCUGAGGGCGGAAAGCCCAAAGGCCCUGAUGUCCGCCUGGGUCUGAAUCAACACUACCCUAGUUAUAAACCGCCACCCUUUCCCUAUCACAGUCGCUCCCACGCAAGCUCUGUGGCCUCGGCGACCAACUUCACCACACACAACAUACCGCAAACCUUCACCACGGCCAUCCGCUGCACAAAGUGCGGGAACAGUUUUGACAACAUGCCUGAGCUGCAUAAGCACAUUUUGGCCUGUGCCAACCCCAGCGACAAGAAACGCUACACUCCCAAGAAGAACCCCAUCCCUCUCAAGCUAAUCGUUGAGUCUUCCAACGGAGUUACGUCACCAUCAGCUACCGCUGCUGGCCAUAGUGCUUUUCGGAGAAUGGGCCAGCCAAAGAGACUUAAUUUCAGUCAGGAUUUGGGGAAAACAAAAAUGAGUGCCCUCAGUAAAAAGAAAAACCAGCUGGUCCAGAAGGCCAUUUCCCAGAAGAAUAAAGCCGCCACCUCAGUUAAGAAGGCUGCCGUUAAAGUCGAGGAGGAACAGACUAACAUCUGUCCUCACUGCAGCCGGGAGUUCACCUAUCAGGCCAGUCUGACUAAGCACAUGGAUGUCAGCUGCCCCAUGAGGCCUAUUGUGAAAAAGGCCAUGAAAAGACUUGCAGACAAAAAGAAAGAGGCUGGCUCAGACAAAAAUAAUAAGAAAAAAGAUGGCGCUGGUUCACUGACAGAACCGGAGUUGAAAACCCUUGGAAAGACCAGAGCUCGUAGUUCCGGUAUAGCGGAGCCGGAACCCCCGCAGAUCGUCAAAGGGAAAUCGACACUGAGCGCACAAAAGAGACCGGCCUCAUUGACAGCUGCAACAGCUGUGACAGCCCCCGCCGGCAAAAAAACCAAGAAAAGCCAAACUCAGCCCUCACCCCCCGACGCGCCCAAUGACACCGCACAAAGACCGGCCGCGAGGGUACAGCGCACGGGCAAAGAGACGUCACCCAAGAAAUUAGCGGAAGCCAAGUCACCACAGCCGCAGCAGCCCAAGAAAGAAGAGCGCUUCUCCCUGCGAACCAGAGAGAGGGUCGGAGGUCCAGUCACCAGGAGCUCGCAAAUGUCAGCGCCCCCUUCUGUGGUCAAAAACGAGGACACGUCCACGCCUGAGCUGAAAGACUCUCCGGAGGUGCAGAUGAAGUAAGCCAUGAAGACCUCGUCAGGUUCCUGGGAAUACAGACUCUUGCUUGUUCCACACUAAAAAAAAAAAAAAAAAAAACUCUGCCUUGCUGGACUGAAGGAGGGGGAGCUCUUUCACUUUUUUUCCCCUUCCAAUUGUCAUAUGAACUAAACUGAGCCUACAUUUUAUAGUUUUUUUUGUCAGCCUUGCAAAAAAAAAAAGUGUAAAUGGCCGUGAUUUUAAUAUAUACAUAUAUCUAUCUAUAUCUAUCUAUACAAUGCGUCAUUACUUGACCCAAAACAGUAACAUUAGGGCUCUGUCAAAGCUGAUCUAUUGCAAAUGGCAAUCAUGCAUCAGUUAGGGAAACUCCUUGUAUUAUUAAUAUUCCACUUCCUGCUCCGUUGGAUUAAUUGUUUUUUUUCGUUGUUGUUUUACUUUUUUUUGUUUUCUUCCAGAGUCUCGUAAUGCAUGUGUCGAAAUAUUAGAACUUAGUGUAGAUUUUAUGGCAAGUCCCUUCCAAUGGCCGCCGUUUGUUUUGCAGAGUGUGUAUGUUGGCUUGUGUAACCUAUUGACUUUUCAAUUGUGUUGGGAAAUGAAUGGUGGCAGUUGACUGCAACAAAUGGUCCUCAGGAAUUGUAUGUGUGUGUACGAGUGUGUGUGUACGAGUGUGUGUGUUUGAAUGGACACAACUAUCCAUCCAGUCCGGAUUUCAACGACAUCUCGUAUUUUUACUUGUCUGUUUUUAAUCUGACUUUAGCAAGCCAAUUACGGUCCUUUUUUUUAAAUGGACGGUGUUGUCCCCGCUCUGUCUUCUAAUAUACUAUUACUUGUGGAAAGAACCAUCACUCGCACGUCCCUGCAGCACUUUAAAAAAGAACUGCCAAAAUGUGUAGCUGGAUGGCGGAGAUUGGGGCCUCAAUAAAACGAUAGAAUGUA